AUGAAAGCGAGAACUAGUCAGCUUCUUUUUUGUUGCUUCUUUAAAGUUCAUAUUGAGAGCUGUGGUGAGUCCGGGUCUCAGCGCAUCUUCCUCUCCCAGGACGGAGGGCCUGCUGUCCACAUCUCUUCAGUGAGCAAGGCACUACCAAAAAAGUCUAGUAUGCUUGAUCCUGGCCUGGGUACAUGGAACCCAAGUGCCCUGGAGGAGAGCUACAGUGCUCAGGCACCUUCCAGAGGUGAUGGCAAGAAGCUGCCAGAAUACAAGAUGGUGGUUGUGGGUGCAAGUGGUGUGGGCAAGAGCGCACUGACCAUCCAGCUGAACCAUGAGUGCUUUGUGGAAGACCAUGAUCCCACCAUCCAGGAUUCCUACUGGAAGGAGGUGAUCCUGGAGCAAGGCAGCUGCAUUCUGAAUGUGCUGGAUACGGCCGGGCAAGCGGCUCACAAGUCCCUGCGUGAUCAGUGCUUGGCUUCUGGGGAUGGUGUGCUGGGUGUCUUCGCCCUCGAUGAUCCCUCAUCGCUAACCCAGCUGCAGCAGAUGCGGGCCACCUGGAGCCCUCACUAUACCCGGGCCCUCGUCCUUGUGGGCAACAAGUGCGACCUUGUGACCACCAGCGGAGAUGCUCAUGCUGCUGCUAUAGCCCUUGCCAAGAGCUGGGGGGUCCCUUUCGUGGAGACCUCGGCUAAAACACGGCAAGGUGUGGAGGAGGCCUUUUCCUUGCUCAUCCAUGAGAUCCAAAAGGCCCAGGAGGCUGAGGCAGCAUUACGUGCAGCUAAAGCCCGGCGCCAAAAGGUCAUGUGCAAGUGUGGCUGCUCUGUAGCCUGA